GCAGGCCGCCGCCAUGUCGGCCAUGGCGGGCUCAGCAGCCGAGUGCCUGCGGGAGUGGGAGGAGCUGCAGGACGGCUUCCAGCGCAUCCAGGACAACCACAGGCUGUACAAGCAGAAGCUCGAGGAGUUAACCAAGCUGCAGGACGGGAUCUCCAGCUCCAUCGCACGACAGAAGAAGCGGCUGAAGGAGCUGGCGUUGUCCUUCAAGAAAUGCAAAGCCCACGCGAGCCCCGAGCAGCAGGAGACCAUCCAGGAGACCCAGAGCCUGAUAAAGGAGAGGCAGAACGUGUUCUUUGAGAUGGAGGCCUACCUGCCAAAGAAGAACGGGUUGUACCUGAGUCUGGUGCUCGGGAACGUGAACGUGACGCUGCUCAGCAAGCAGGCCAAGUUUGCCUAUAAAGACGAGUAUGAGAAGUUCAAGCUCUACCUCACCAUCAUCUUACUCAUUAUCUCUUCUUCCUGUCGGUUCCUCAUCAAUACCAGGGUGACAGACGCUGUCUUUAACUUCCUCCUGGUGUGGUACUACUGCACCCUCACCAUCCGGGAGAGCAUCCUGAUCAACAACGGAUCCAAAAUCAAAGGCUGGUGGGUUUUCCAUCACUACGUUUCCACCUUCCUCUCGGGGGUCAUGCUGACAUGGCCAGAUGGGCUCAUGUACCAGAUGUUCAGGAACCAGUUCCUCUCCUUCUCCAUGUACCAGAGCUUUGUGCAGUUCCUGCAGUACUACUACCAGAGCGGGUGCUUGUACCGGCUGCGAGCGCUGGGCGAGAGGCACAACAUGGAUCUGACUGUGGAGGGUUUCCAGUCCUGGAUGUGGAGAGGCCUCACAUUCCUGCUCCCCUUCCUCUUCUUCGGGCAUUUCUGGCAGCUCUACAAUGCAGUCACCCUCUUCCGGAUGCUCCAGCACCCAGAAUGCAAGGAGUGGCAGGUCCUCAUGUGCGGCCUCCCCUUCCUCAUCCUCUUCCUGGGCAACUUCUUCACCACCCUCCGCGUCGUGCACCAGAAGUUCCAUAACAAGAACAAGGACAUGAAGCAGGACUGAAGGGGGGCAGCUUGGGGGCCAGGACUGUUUCUCCCCACCAGCUCCAUCUCCCAUCCCUGUAUCUCCUCGUUGCCGUCCAGACUCUGGUGUCUCACCCCAUCCCUUGGGUGUGGGAUGGGAACAGACCGUGUGAUCUCUGC